AUGCUUCAUCUCGAUGACAAUAAAAAAAUAAAUUUAAUAAUAAAGUAUCGAGACCAACACUACAUACCAGAUGGUCUGUUACCUUGUGAAAGGAGUAAAAUGUCAGCUUUACUAUCGAAUAAAGUUAUCGACUGUUGCAUUGAAGAUAAACAACAACAACAAAUUGAAACAAUGAGAGCAGCAGUGAAUCUUAAAUUCCAGAACAUAAACAUGAUAAACCUGCAAUUACAAUUCAUAUCAGAAUCUCAUCUGAAAUCAUAUGCUUUACAUUGCAAGCCAAGCAUUGUAUAA